GUAAUAUUGUCCCGUUAUUAUUCACCCUAACACACACACACACACGCAAGUGGUUGAUACAGAAACAGAGAUAGGUCCCGCCGCAGCAGAAUCGUUAAUUGCACUCUGUUCGGCAUAUUCUCUCGAAUUUGGGAUCUGAGAGAAGAAGAAGAAGAAGAAGAAGAAGAAGAAGAUGGGAGUUCCGGCGUUCUACCGGUGGCUGGCGGAGAAAUAUCCCAUGGUAAUCGUCGACGCCGUGGAGGAGGAGCCUGUGGAAAUCGAAGGCGUUCAAAUCCCCGUCGACACCAGCAAGCGAAACCCUAACAACAUCGAAUACGAUAACCUCUAUCUCGACAUGAACGGCAUCAUUCACCCUUGCUUCCACCCCGAAGAUAGGCCAUCUCCUACCUCUUUCGAUGAGGUGUUUGAGUGUAUGUUUGAUUACAUUGAUAGGCUAUUUGUCAUAGUUCGGCCUCGGAAGCUGCUCUACAUGGCUAUUGACGGUGUUGCGCCGAGGGCUAAGAUGAAUCAGCAACGUUCGAGGCGGUUUAGGUCAGCCAAAGACGCAUCUGAUGCGGCUGCUGAAGAAGCAAGGUUAAGGGAGGAAUUUGAGAGGGAGGGCAGAAAGCUUCCUCCAAAAGAAGAGUCGCAGGUCUUCGAUUCGAAUGUCAUUACACCUGGAACUGAAUUUAUGGCUGUUUUGUCGAUUGCACUUCAGUACUAUGUUCAUCUUAGGUUGAACAAUGAUCCUGGUUGGAAAAAUAUUAAGGUUAUUCUUUCUGAUGCAAAUGUCCCUGGCGAAGGGGAGCAUAAGAUUAUGUCCUAUAUUCGCUUGCAAAGAAAUCUUAAAGGCUAUGAUCCAAAUACACGACAUUGCCUGUAUGGUUUGGAUGCUGAUUUGAUUAUGUUGGCUCUGGCUACCCAUGAAGUCCAUUUCUCAAUUCUUAGGGAGGUUGUAUUUACUCCUGGACAAGACAAAUGCUUCAUAUGUGGCCAAAUGGGUCAUAUGGCUGCAGCCUGUGAAGGAAAGGCAAAAAGGAAAGCAGGAGAGUUUGAUGAAAAAGGAGAUGCUAAUGUGGCUAAAAAACCCUACCAGUUUCUAAAUAUUUGGGUUCUGAGGGAAUAUCUGGAAUAUGAGAUGAGAAUGCCUAAUGUUCCAUUCAAGAUUGAUUUUGAACGCAUUGUGGAUGAUUUUAUCUUCAUCUGUUUUUUUGUCGGCAAUGAUUUCCUACCACAUAUGCCUACUUUAGAAAUUCGUGAGGGUGCAAUUAACUUGUUGAUGGCAGUAUACAAGAAGGAACUUGGGGCAAUGGGUGGUUAUUUAACUGAUGGAAGCAAGCCAAAUUUGAGCAGGGUGGAACAUUUUAUUCAGGCUGUUGGAUCUUAUGAAGAUACAAUAUUCCAGAAAAGAGCUAGAUUGCAUCAGCGACAAGCAGAAAGAAUUAAGCGUCAAAAGGCACAAGCAAGAGGAGAUGAUGCUCAACCUCAAGCUCAACCUGAGACUCUUGUUGCAAUUUCAAAAUUCCAUGGUUCUCGUCUGGCUUCAGCUCCAACGCCUUCACCAUUUCAAGCACCUGGGCGGUAUGAUUCUCAUGCGUCUGCAUCAGUUAGAAAAGGCAAUAAAGAAGUCUUUGAGAAGCCCCCUAAAGCUGCUAGGUUGUCUUCCGGAGCAUCUGUUGCUGCUGCCAUUGUUGAAGCUGAGAAUAGUCUUGAAAUAGAUAUUCAAGAUAACAAGGAUGAUUUGAAAACAAAGCUGAAGGAAAUACUUCGAGAGAAAUCUGAUGUAUUCAACUCAAAAACUACUGAAAAGGACAAGAUUAAGCUGGGAGAACCAGGCUGGAAAGAGAGGUAUUAUGAGGAAAAAUUUUCUGCUAAAACUCUUGAGGAACUGGAAGCUAUACGGAGAGAUGUUGUCUUGAAAUACACUGAAGGUCUUUGUUGGGUGAUGCACUAUUAUUACGAGGGUGUUUGUUCUUGGAAUUGGUUUUAUCCUUAUCAUUAUGCUCCCUUUGCGUCUGAUCUCACGGGCCUUGGUGAGCUUAAUAUUAGCUUUAAUCCGGGUACUCCGUUCAAACCAUUUGAUCAGCUUCUAGGGGUUUUUCCUGCUGCAAGCUCUCAUGCACUUCCUGAGCCAUAUAGGAAACUUAUGACAGAUCCCAACUCACCAAUUAUUGAUUUUUAUCCACUUGAUUUUGAUGUGGACAUGAAUGGCAAACGCUUUGCCUGGCAGGGUAUCGCGAAGUUGCCUUUUAUUGAUGAAACACGUCUUCUUACGGAAGUUCGGAAAAUUGAAAACUUGUUAACACCGGAGGAAAAGCGACGAAAUGCUGUGAUGUUCGACUUGCUUUUUGUGAAUUCCUGUCAUCCUCUAUCUGCAUGCAUAAGUACACUUGACAACAAAUGCAGAAACAUGUCAAACAAUGAACGUGCUGAGGUCAAGGAAAAAAUCGAUCCCAUGGAAAGGUAUACAUGCAGUGAUGGAAUGAAUGGUUACAUAUCCUUGUGUGCUGGUGAACCUUGCCCUCCUAUCUUUAGGUCUCCUGUUACAAGCAUGGAAGAUAUCAUGGACAACCAUGUCAUAUGUGCAAUUUAUAGACUCCCAGAUGCGCAUAAUCACAUUGCCCGACCACCAGAGGGAGUUAAAUUUCCAAAAAAGAUCGUGACAGUUGGGGAUCUACAACCUGAACCUGUUUUGUGGCAUGAAGAUUCUGGUAGGAGGAGAUAUGAGGAUAGUCGGAGGAAAAACCCUCCAGGAUCUAUUUCUGGUCGGGAGCUUGGAGAGGCAGCACAUAGACUGGUUGUCAAUUCCUUACAGGUCAAGGUUGAUGAAAAUGGUUACCGUCGUCCUGCAAAUGGACCCCCCAUGUCUUAUGCUGCACCAAUGGGUCAUCAGCAACCAUUGCCUUCCUAUGGUUAUGAAUCGCGCCCAGGAUAUAUUGCAAGACCGCCACCUCUGUCAGCUCCACCCGUCCACGGUCAACCACCGUACAUACCUUAUAAUGCUGCACCACUUUUGUUAGCUGCAGCUAUCCUAGGUCAACAACCGUACGUACCUUAUAAUGCUGUCCCUGCAGCUCCGCCAUAUGGUUAUAACCAACCACACCCACCGCAUAUGGUGUAUGAUCCUGUUCAAUCAAAUUCUUAUGAAGGAAAUGAUCAUCAACACCCUAUAUCACAUCCUUAUGUAAGAAAUGAUCAUCAACCGAGAGGAGGAAGUGCAAGGCAUAGAUACAAUUCACAAGGUGCAUAUGCUAGUCAGCAUCACGAAUAUCCUAGUCAGCAUGGUCGCCACCAGAACUGGACUCCCCGGAGUAACCCCAGUGGCCCUAGGGGAUCUGGUCAACAUUCGACCAAUCAAUACGCUCAUUUAGAUAGAAGAGCAAACAGGAAGCCAAUGCCACCACCUGAUUAUAGUCGCAGGUAAAUUAUUUCAGUGGAGUAUUUCACCCUGCUUAAUGAAACUGUUGUACUUGUACCAUAUCUUCUCCCUUUUCUUGAAGCUUGUUAGACAUACUAGUGAUUUCUGUUCAUUAUUCAUAAACGCCUAAAUGUUUGAUAGUUUAACACCCUCCCAAAUCUACAUUGGAUAGAGGAAUAGUUAAAUUAUAACCCUGGAACUCAGGUUCGAUAAUAUUUUUGAUGUAAUAGGAAAUUCUAUUUGUGUUAUUUGUCCAUUGAGGCUCGAUUUUAAAGCAAUUAUGCUUUUAUUUCCAGCCCAUCAAGUGGCAAUUCUAAUGUUCUACGAUUGGUUCA